UUUUUUUUUUUAAUAAUGAUUUUAUUUAUCAGAUAACAACUUUGAAACAAGAACGACAGCAGUCUUGCUCGAAAUUGGGAAGAAGUGCAAUUGACAUAGUAAUUGUGCAAAAUAGAUUAAAUUACUUACAUAUAGCUACAUAUCAACUAUCAAUUUAGUUAUAUUGUGCAUUUCAUGUCUCUACCUAUUUACUUAGAGAGUAUGUUUAAUAUUUCAUUUUUUAUUGAUUUGAUUUAUCUCUUUUUUUGUGUGGAAGAUACAAGGUAGGGAAUAUUACUUUUUGGAUGACCCUCGUACACAUAUUAAUCACUAUGUAAUGAGGCAUCUUCAGGAAAUUAGGUCAUUAACCCUCUACAACAUUCAUCGUUACGAAUUCGUAACGACAUUUUUGGGGUUUUUUUUAGGAGUUGUAUCCAUUCUCUGUGGCAUGAUUUUCAAAUUUCCAUUUGUUCUUUCUUUUUUUGAGUAUAACUGAUUCCCAUAAAAUUUAAAAUUUUGAAAAAUAUUUGGUACUCUAUGAUUUUCGUGCAGGCUAAAAAGUAGAUUAGUAUCCCCCAGAAUCUGAGAUCCAAAAUCAAUUCAUGUCAUGGAGGGCUAAGGGAGAAUACUGAUUGAUCCAAUAGUAGUCUCCGAAAUUUUAAAACUCUUUAAACAAUUAAAUUUAAAAAUUUAAGGUUGCCUGGUCCUCGACGCAAAUAGCCUAGUUGCUGAUCGUCGUAAAUUAAGUAACGACUAUAACUAACUAUCUCUUGUGUGCAGCAGACCCAUUUGAUCUGAAAGAGCAAAGCCUCUAAGUUUUUUUGGUCUGAAACUCAUUCCGAUUUAAACAGCCGAUCGAAUGGAAUUUUUUUCCUGAGCUUCGUCAUUUAGACAGCGAGUCAAAAAUGGUUUUUUCCGCGUUAUGUGCCCUAGUGCUCACGUGCAAAAGUGUACACACGCUGACGACUGUUCCACAGUUUCGAUCGGGACAAGGUUAGGUUUUAACCUUGUUGUGCUGUCACGGGCUGCUGUUUCGAUCAGUCCAAACAAUUUUGUUCAGCUCUGACGUUCGUUUAGGGUAGCCGCGCAAUGGCUUCGCUCGGCUACGUGAUUUUCUUGAGCCUUCUCAUCCUAGGUCCAGCUUUUUGUCAGCCGACGACCGACCAGGAGUGCAGUCAGGAGUGCGGGAGGAAAUGGGGGUCAAUUGUCCGUGAGGGCAAAAAUAUACCGAUCAAAACUGGGAAAAUGGGGAAGGGGCCUGACGGAAAGCCAGAAUGUGAGUGCAUGUACAGCGGCUCUCUUUACUUUGUCAUACGUAAGGCGGGCCUCGACUUGAAGGCGUUCCAAAAAGAAGAGCAGGACUUCGGGAAGGCCAUAUCGUGGUUACGGCAGAACGGUUUCAAGUUAGCGGAAGACCCGGAUUGCGAUGAACAGUGCAAGAAGGAUAAAGGGAGCAUCGUGGAAGGGGACCCACCCACGAGGGUACCGAUGAAGACUGGUGGGCGCAUGGAGGUGAACAAAGACGGGCAGUUAAAAUGCAAGUGCACAUACAGCCAAGACUUCUAUAGUGUCCUGGAGCGUGCAGGAAAAAGCGUAACCGCAUUCAAAGAGUGCGAGUUUGACGAUCAGGCGGCCAGAAAAUGGUUGAUGGCUAACGGGUUCGAGCGGCGGGUCACCUCUCGGGAUAAUAAAACUCCCUCGGGACACCCCUCGGAAAAGGGAAAGGAGGUAAAAUCGGAGGAACCGGAGGUCGAAGAGUGGGUGCAAUCGAAGGGCAAGGCGGUUCAAAACGAGGAGAACCCUCCGCCCGCGAAAAGGUUCGGAGAAGAACUCACGAGGAUGUGUCAUGCCCAAUGCCGACGACUUAUGGGAUUGGUCGACUUCGAUGAUGGUGUGGGUAAGAGGCCGCUCUCAUUGGGUAAGAUAAAAUCAUAUAGAAAAAAGGAUUCGGAAACGGAUGAAUUGAAGUGUCAUUGCGGAUUAAACUCUCAAGUGCUUGAGAUCCUAAGAAAGAAAGGUCGCGAUCUCUAUAAAAUCAAAGAGGCAUUUAAGGGAGGGCAGGAAAAAUUUAUACCGGAGUUACUAAGGCAGGGUCUCACAGUUUACCUGGAAGACGGAGCGUCCCCGGGUGGAUACAAGGAGUUGCCACCGGAAAUAGCUGCCAUCCCUCCAGGACAACCCUCCUCGUCGGGAGGCUCGUCGACCUCGAGUGGACGCGGGCCGUCGCGAUCGGCCUCCCGUGAAAAAUCCUUCGAGGUAAUGAAUACAAUUAAGGAGGGGGAGGAGGAGGAGCAGCCACCAUCUCCACGUAAAAAGACGAGAAGAUCCGCACCACUUCCCGGUAAAUAGAGUUAGAGGGAUCAUCAAGAUUUAAGGUGGUUUUUCAGCACUUCGGAUAACGAGACGAUAGUCGAUCCAUACACUGAAAAAAAGGUAUCAACUAUACUUCUAGAGGAUUUUGGCCCCAGCCAUAAGAGUAGUUGCACUGGCUAGAAGUGUGUAGGCACGAGCCAGCGGUAAAGUUAAUGCUGACCGUGACCAUGGGCACCAGCUAGAAGUAUGGUUGAUCCAACCACACUUCCAGCUGACUUGACCAUACCUCUGGCUUGUGCAACUGCUGUAAUAUCUGGCGCUAAAAUCAGCUGGGAGUAUAGUUGGGAUUGCGAUACUUUUUUUUCGGUGUAAUUUCCAGAUUUUAGGUCAUUUUUUUAAAAUUCCAGAGCAUAACGGCACGUUCCUACGGUCUAGUGAGCCAGGAAUUUGUAACAGCAAAAUUUGACCGAGAGACGUUUUUGAAUGGCUUAUAAAAAUAUGUUACGCGUAAGCAUUGACCGUAUUCCUGCUAAACGGAACUAGAGACGUGUGGGAAUUAUAGGGUGUGCUCGAAUCGUUCGGGCUGGAUUCGUUUUUGGGAAAUGGAAAAGCGGGAAAAACAAAAUUUAAAAAAAAAAUCGAUAAAAAUUAAAUAGGAGAAAUGAAUGUGCUCUGUAGUUGGUAUUAUUUUCCUUCAAAAUGUAAAAUAAAUUGCACAUAUUUUAUGUUGUGUGCUCAAAUA